GGUUACUAAGCCUCAUGCAAAGUCAUUCUCUGUUCACAACUUUUAUUUCUUCUUGGCUGUUUUUCUUCCGCUCAUAAAAAGAAUCUUAAAAACCAAACAGAUAUGUCGGGGGGUUCGUAUGAUAGAGCAAUAACCAUAUUUUCACCUGAUGGGCAUCUUUUUCAAGUAGAGUACGCCCAAGAGGCGGUGAAGAAAGGUUCAACCGCGGUAAGCUUAUUUUUUGAAAUCUUUUCGUCUUUUUUAGUGACUCUCGCAUUUGAUGUCCGCAUCUGAUAGCGAUUUCAUUGAAAAAUCAUUGACAAACCCUUGUUUUAAAGGUUGGAGUCCGCGGCAAAAAUAUUGUCGUCCUCGGAGUGGAGAGAAAGGCGGUCGCUAAACUCCAAGAACCACGCACUGUUAGAAAAAUUUGCACUCUGGAUGACCACGUUGUCAUGGCUUUUGCAGGUAAUAAAAGUUAGGAUUUCUUAAGAAAAAAAUGAGUUAAAAAGCUCUCAGUUAAUGGUUCCUCGUUAAUUUGUGUUGUAGGUUUGACAGCGGACGCUAGAAUUUUAGUGAAUAGAGCCCGUGUAGAAUGUCAAAGCCACAAACUUACCGUUGAAGAUCCUGUUACUCUAGAGUACAUUACAAGAUAUAUUGCGACCUUAAAACAGGUAAAUAAGUUUAUGUUUUGUUAAGGUUUCUACCUAAUCAAAGUUCUGUUUUUUGGAGAAUAUAAGAACACCCGUGGUCUAGUCACGUGGUAGAGCUAUUAAUAUACGAAAAAUUCAACCUCUGAAGUCGUCAAUCCCAUAUGGUCUAGUGGUUAGGAUCCGGCGCUCUCACCGCCGUGGCCCGGGUUCGAUUCCCGGUGUGGGAACGACGAUACUUAUUUUUCUUUUUCUCUUUUUCUACUUCAUUUUUCCUCUUAAUUGUUUUGGUUACUGAUUUUGAUGUUAAAACCAUACUGUUUUUUGAAGAAAAAAAAAAUCCAGGUUGAUUUGUGGAAGGAACCAUAAAUACAUAUGAUACCUUUUUUGUAUAGUAAACACGACAUAUUGGUAUUAAUGUAUCAGUCAAAUCGAAGCUUCAACAUGCCCCCCCCGCCCCCCGUACAUACCCCGGGUAUUUGACACCUUUGCUGUCCCCGGGAGGAGGGAAUUUGAUUAUCAGAGUCUUCCAGGGGGUGGGAGAUUUGAACUGCACCCUCGAUUUCAUGUAAAAUCUUUGGCCUGGCGAGCUAUCAUGGGCGACUCGGUGUUAGAGGAUUUUCGUGGAAAAGAUUGUGCCUUUGUGGUCAGCUGGUUAGGAGGAAAGGGCUUAAACAAGCUUUGUGCCGUAUUUGAAGUAUUUAAAUUUUAAGAUUUUUAAUAUUGGAUUCAGGCUAUGAAUGUAUGAAUGUAUUUUAUUGUUGUGUUUACAAUGAAAUACAAUACCUAUACCGACGAUUCAAUACAACAACAUAAAAUAAAAUAAAAAGCUCAGGUCAACUACUUUGACCUACUGCAAGUAUGUUAAUAAGGUGAGCGAUAAUGCAUGUCAGUGAAAUGGUCAUGAUGUAGUAAUCUCAAUAGGUGGGAUUUUUUUAUAGAACGCUUUGUACGUUGCAUGACGAAAAAAAGUUAAGCAUUCAGUUACCUUGUAGCAGCGAUUUCCGCCGCUUUGCACGAGACUUUUGUUCGUAGUAAAUAUGCUAACAGUGUUUCUCAGUUUUUGUUAUAUUUAUAAAGAUUUUGUUCCACAACUGAAGGCGUUUCCACCGUCUUUCUGUCAUUUAUGUGCCUGUGAAAUGUCCCCGGGGUGGGGGCAUUUGAUCACCUGAAUGGACCCUAGUGUGGGGCAUUUGAGUGGCAUUUUGGCCCGGGAAGGGGGGAAUUUGAACAAUAAUUUUCAAAAAAGUCAUAUGCCUGGGGGGUUGCCCAGGGGGGGGGGGGGCAUGUUGAAGCUUCGAUUUGACCGAUACAUAACCCUUUACCGUCAAAGUGCUUAUUAGCAAACUCAGUUUCCAGACAAUGGUAUCACUUAAAAAUUUCAUUUUUUAAUAAGGAUUUUUUUUUUACUUUCUUUUUUUUUCUGACAGCUGUUGUGUAAUGUUAUAGUUGGCGUAUAGACCCCUGCUUCACAGCCUAGCCCUGCCUGCUAUUGCUAUUCUUUUUUCUACUUUUGUAUGUUACUGAAUACAUGUAUGAACUAGAGAUUACAACAUUUUUAUUUUAUUGUAAGUAUAUUGCUGAAAGCAGAUUUUGGGCUCUAAAACAUCAGAGGAACAAUAAACUGACAUACAUGUAAAUUUGGGUCAAUGAAUGGUUGUGGGAUAAAGGACUACAAUCAUGAUAUCUUUUUGAUUUGGUUCUUAAUUGGCCAAUUACAGUCACAUGAAAAUAAUUUGAAACUCUUUGUGUGUGCCACAAUGUGCAAAUCUUAGUGCAAUUAGAAGGACACAGUAAGAGUUUUAUGAUUUGAAAUUUGAAUAACAAUGCAAAAAUAUGCAUGCAUUUAAUCAUUGAUAAACAACAUACACAUUUGUGAUCAGGGAUCCCAAAAAAUUACAGGCAACCCAAAGAUUAGUGUCCUACUCACUUUGGGGCUUGUGGCAAUAAAAUAAUUACUAAUUAAUAAUUUAUUAAUUGUUAUUUUUAACAUUUAACAAGUUGCUUAAAUGAUUUUUUAAAAGCGCUACACCCAAAGCAAUGGUCGCCGUCCAUUUGGCAUUUCUACACUUAUUGUUGGGUUUGACUAUGAUGGUACUCCACGCCUUUACCAGACAGAUCCCUCUGGAACAUAUCAUGCUUGGAAGGUGACUAUCUCCUUGACUAUUUUAAGACAGCUUGGUACUCUGCACCAUUUUCAUUAAUUAUUAUUAUUACCGGUAUUAUACAUUAUACUCACUAUCUCUCCUCUCAUUGGCUAAGAUCCUACAGUUAGUUUUGGAAAUUAGCACAACCUAUUUAGUUAUCUGCCCGCUGAUUAGUGACUAAACUGUAGGUUGGGACCGCAAUGCAUGAUUUCCAAGAGCAAUCUCAAACUGUGUUCCAUUUGAUGCUGUGUUUAUCCGUAUUUUCUUCAAAACAAUGUUCAAUAAGACAAUUAUUAGAUUCAUGUUUUGUGAUAUCGAGAAUAAUCAAUCCAUGGUUGGAUUUAGGAGUGGGCCAAGGCAUUUAUGGCAAUCUUAUCUCAGUCACUGUCAACAACAACAGUCCUAUUCAGGACUAUGUUCACCCGAACAAUCAAACUCAACCUAUCUCUGAAAUGUUGAAAAAAAAUUUUUUUUGAGUAAAAUAUAUAAUGCAGUUAAAUCUCAGUUAAGUGACCUCCUAUUUAGAUAGAUAGAGAUAUAUGGUUUAUUAAGCGGUCUCACUCUAUGAAGUGGCCAGUUUAAAGUCCAAAAAUAAUAAUUGUAAAAAAGAUUUGUAAUUGUAACUUCUAUUAAAUGACCACCUCAAUCAAGUGGCUCUGGUAACUUGAUGUUCUGGACCCCUCCCCCUUACUGUAACUGACGUUUACUGUAACUGCUGAUGAUACUCUCUGAUCUUUAUUUUGUUCAUGUUUUGUCUCGGUAGGCAAAUGCCAUUGGCCGCAGUGCAAAAACUGUUCGUGAAUUUUUAGAGAAACACUACACAGAUGAAGUAGCUGACUCAGACGAUGAGACCAUUAAACUAGCCAUUAAAGCUCUGCUUGAGGUAUGUAGAGAUGAGCUUGAUGUCUUUGGUAACUUACAACUUAAUCUAACAAGCAUAACAGAGGAGGUCCAGGGAUUUUGGUGAAGGUUUCCAGAUUGAAGUUUACACCAUUGAAGGUGUAAUCAUUCCACCCUUACAGGCUGUUACACUUCCGAGCGCAUUUACUCGAAUAGGCGUCACUUUACAGGGCUCAAAAUAACGGCCAGUCAAUGGACAAUGUCCGGCCAGAAUGGCGUCUUGACCGGCCAAAUGCUCCACUGACUGGUCAUGUUAUUGGUCACGCAGACUCUUAUUCUUGAACAAACAGCCAAAUCUUUUCCUGAAAAUCUUUUUGACUAAUCUUUCAGACACAUGAAGGUGUCAUAAUGAAAUGCUUACAGGUGCAUGUUAUUUCCAGGUUGUACAAUCAGGAGGGAAGAAUAUUGAACUUGCAGUUAUGAGAAAGGGGGAAACUCUUAAGGUAAUCAGUAACAAGUAUCGGUAGUUGUCUUCGUGAAUGAACAUGAAGGUUCGUAGAUUGUGACGACCUUCAUUUUUUCUGGCCUGAACUUAAGCCCAGUCAUCAUUCCUUAUCCUUUAACAUUUCAAAAGUGUGUGUAAUGUCCGGCAGAUUAACAAUCAGUAAUAAACUCGAAUCCCCUGUAAGCGACUACCCAAAAUGCUAAGAGUUAAUAGGGAGCUUAAGCGACGGCGACGGCGACGGCUACGAAAACGUCACUUAAAAAGUGAACUCGCGCUGCCUCAAACUUUAUGGCGCUUAUCAUUUCCAUCUCGUUCAAUUCCUCAAAUGACGUCAAAUAUUUUUGGAGUUAAAUUCUAAAGGACUGUAUCAAAGUUCAGGAAAAGAAAUAGAAAGUUGUUGUCGUGUGUUCCCGUCCUCGACAAACAUGAAAUUAGGCACUUUCAAGUUGUAGUCGUGCAACGACGGCUAAGAAAUGUACAAAAAUGGUGAUGCACGUGCAAAGUUGUUGUUGUGCCAAUCUAAACGGUUAAACUAUUGCGUUUCUGAGAGUCGAACAUCACAGGAUCUCUCUCCCACGUGAAGAGGUCUGAACACAUCUUCUACUUGGAAGAAGUGUAUUUCCAUGUUGUCACUUAAAGUUCUUUGUAUACUCUGAAUGGUGUGUAGUAUAGAGCGAACUUAGAGAAAAAGAAAUGCGUCAAGUAGUAGCUUUCAAAGGUUCAGAAAAAUCAUAUUUCGAGUAACAACAACUUGCCGCUCAUAACGUCACCCCAAAAGCGUUAAGUUUCUUAAGGUGAUGGAGAGUAGUCGCGUUCCUUUUCGAGGGGUGGUCGCUUUAAUAGAGAGCAGAAGUCGUUACGUCACGUUGCCAUAGUAGCACAAUUUUUGGAUGACAACAAACCGGUUAAGCCACUUAAAAGUCUAUUCGCACUUUUUCGAACUUCACCCAUCUUAUUCACUUUCAUUAAAAUUGGCAAAUCGUGGCGCAAUUUUCUUUGGGACCUUAUCUACCUAUCGUUAUUCAAAUUUUAGAAAAAGAAAGCGAUAAUUUUUGUGUUGUGCUCACCUACUCCAUAAAGCGGGCUCGUGAAAUUAGGAAGUUUCAUGUCGUAGUGGUGCAACGCCGGCAAAGAAAUGUACAAAAUAGCGUGAUGCACGUCUAAAGUUGUUGUUUGUUAAUUUAAACAAAUUAUUUUUGCCGUUCUCCUUGCCGUCGCCGUCGUCGUUGGUUUUGUUGUCAUCCAGAAAUAGUGCUUCCAUGGUAACGUGACGUCACACUUCUCCUCUCUAUUGCCUUGUCCCUGUACGGCGUUUUCCCAGUCCCUCUCGGUCAAUUCACUUCGGUGAAGUAUCUGAGGCGAACGGGCGGGAAACACUGGUCUUGUAAACAUGAGCUGACUCACUUUUGUGGAUUUUUGUGUGGGCCUCACAUUUUUGCUUGGACCACAUGACCCAAAACGUUUUGGCCGCACGGAAUAAUGAGGCUUGGGGACUAGGCGAGUCGUUUACGUGAGAUUGAAACUAUAGUAAUUUGUCUGGGAAAAUUUUGAUAUUUUGGAUCGUUGCCGGCUUAGGGAGGUGGUCGCUUAUAAUAGGCGGUCGGAUAUGAAGGUUCGGCUGUAAUUACACUUGCCACCACAGGCGACGCUUCCCCGUGAAUUAGACCAAAGUUUCAUGGUCCGUCGCUAGGGCUUAAACCUCCCACGCAGACGUUCUCAGGGUGUUGUGCAAGUCUAGUUUUUUCAUUCCAUCUCUUCACUGAAACCUUUAGUGGUACAGUGAAAGGCUCUGGAUUCAAGAAUCAUUUUUUCUCUCUUGCAGAUUUUACAGCCAGAAGAAGUCGACAAAUUUGUAGAAGUCAUCGAAAAAGAAAAAGAAGCAGAAGCAGAAAAGAAAAAGAAAGAAAAGGCCUCAGGAUCAGCUAAAUAAAAAAAAAAACAAUAACUUGGACAGUUUUUUUGUAUUUUUCAUUGACAGCCUUAGGCUUGAGUUACCAAGCAACAACAGGAGUUAACCAAAUUCAACACUUCAAGGGAGUUUGAGACUCAUUGAAGUCAUGCAAGAGUGUCGUAAUAUUGGAUUUUUGCCGAUUCAAAUUAUUUAAGCUAUUUGAAUCUUGGAGAGACUGGGAGGCUAAUGGCGGGGAUUAAAACUCUUGUUAACUUUCAAGUCCUUUGAACUUCUGUGAGCCUUGUUUCGUUUGACUUACUAUGAGAUGAGAGCGAAUAGGUGGUACCUAAAAGAAUGCAUUUUUGUAACCUCUUGUUGCAACAAGAACUGACUCAGGUCAACUUCUUUACUAUUGUGUCUUUUACUUGCUCUUAUGAUCCUGUGCGCAAAAUAAAACUUAACAAAAAGAAACAAUGUGAUCGAUGUUUUUUUGUUUUACUUCUUCGGGUUCACUUCUUUAUUCUUGAUACAUGUAUAUCGAGAGUUUGCACGUGGGGUCACAGAUUUCUGCAUGACUAAACUGAGAGAAUUAGAAAGUCCUAUUCCGUAGAAUUUUGCACAGCAAAAGAUGGGAAUUAAACGGAAAAAAGGUUCCACUUUUCAAUCUUACGAUGCGUAUGUGGCG